AUGCUGUGUCAAUGCUCCCUGCUGCUCGCCCUGGCGGGUCUGCUCUCCCUCGGGUCUGUCCUCUCCCAGGAGUGCCCCAAGUACAAAGGUGGCACCUGCCAGGAAUGCAUCCAGUCGGGGCCCGGCUGCGCCUGGUGUCAGAAGCUGAAUUUCACGGGACCCAAUGAGCCCAACUCCGUUCGCUGUGACACACGGGAGCAGCUGCUAUCUAAGGGCUGUGCAGCUGACGAUAUCAUGGACCCUAGGAGCCUGGCCCAGACCCAGGAGGACCAGAAAGGGGGCAGGAAGCAGUUGUCCCCUCAGAAAGUGACGGUCUACGCGAGACCAGGCCAGGCGGCGGUAUUCAACGUGACCUUCCGCCGCGCCAAGGGCUACCCCAUCGACCUGUACUACCUGAUGGACCUCUCCUACUCCAUGCUCGACGACCUCAUCAACGUCAAGAAGCUGGGGGGCGACCUGCUCCGGGCCCUCAACGAGAUCACCGAGUCCGGCCGCAUUGGCUUCGGGUCCUUUGUGGACAAGACGGUGCUCCCCUUUGUCAACACGCACCCCGAGAAGCUGAAGAACCCGUGCCCCAACAAGGAGAAGGAGUGCCAGCCCCCAUUCGCCUUCCGGCACGUGCUGAAGCUCACCGACAACUCCAACCAGUUCCAGACGGAGGUCGGCAAGCAGCUGAUCUCUGGGAACCUGGACGCCCCCGAGGGCGGGCUGGACGCCAUGAUGCAGGUCGCCGCGUGCCCGAAUGAAAUUGGCUGGCGCAACGUCACGCGGCUGCUGGUGUUUGCCACAGACGAUGGCUUCCACAUUGCGGGUGACGGGAAACUGGGUGCCAUCCUGACCCCCAAUGACGGCCGCUGCCACUUGGAGGACAAUAUGUACAAGAGAAGCAAUGAGUUUGACUACCCAUCCGUGGGCCAGCUGGCGCACAAACUGGCCGAGAGCAACAUCCAGCCCAUCUUCGCCGUGACCAAGAGGAUGGUGAAAACCUAUGAGAAGCUCACCGAGAUCAUCCCCAAGUCGGCGGUCGGGGAGCUGUCCGAGGACUCCAGCAACGUGGUCCAGCUCAUCAAGAACGCCUACAACAAACUGUCCUCCAGGGUCUUUCUGGAGCACAGCACCCUCCCCGACACCCUGAGAGUCACCUACGACUCCUUCUGCAGUAACGGAGUAUCACAGGUGAACCAGCCCAGAGGGGACUGUGACGGCGUCCAGAUCAAUGACCCGGUCACCUUCCAGGUGAAGGUCACGGCCGCAGAGUGCAUCCAGGAGAAGUCGUUUGUCAUCCGGGCGCUGGGCUUCUCGGACACGGUGACCGUGCAGGUCCUUCCCCAGUGCACGUGCCAGUGCCGAGAUGCGAGCCGGGACCGCGGCCUGUGCCUCAACAAGGGCUCCGUGGAGUGUGGCGUCUGCAGGUGCGACGCCGGCUACAUGGGGAAGAACUGUGAGUGCCAGACGCAGGGCCGCAGCAGCCAGGAGCUGGAGGGGAACUGCCGCAGGGACAACGCCUCCGUCAUCUGCUCGGGGCUGGGGGACUGCGUCUGCGGGCAGUGCGUGUGCCACGCGAGCGACACGCCCACCAAGAAGAUCUUCGGGCGGUUCUGCGAGUGCAACAACUUCGACUGCGAGCGCUACGGCGGCCACGUCUGCGGAGGCCUCGGUCGUGGGGAGUGCUCCUGCGGCAAGUGCCUCUGCAAACAGGACUUCGAGGGCUCAGCCUGCCAGUGCGAGAAGUCCAGCCAGGGCUGCCGGAACCUGCGGGGCUCCGUGUGCAGCGGCCGGGGCCAGUGCCAGUGCAACACGUGCCACUGCGAGGCGGGGUACCAGCCGCCCUUCUGCGAGGAGUGCCCCGGCUGCCCGUCGCCCUGUGGCGGGCUCAUCUCCUGUGCCGAGUGCCUGAAGUUCGACAAGGGCCCCUUCGAGAAGAACUGCAGUAAGGCCUGCGAGAACCGAACGCUGCUGAGCAAAACCCCCGAGCCCGGGCGGGUCAGCGCCCCGGGGCUGACCCGGCGAUGCAGGGAGCGGGACUCGGAGGGCUGCUGGGUGAACUACACCCUGUGGCAGCAGGAUGGGAAGGACACAUACAGCAUCCUGGUGGACGAGCAACGGGAGUGUCCAAAGGGCCCCAACGUUGCUGCCAUCGUGGGGGGCACUGUGGCGGGAGUCGUGCUGAUUGGAGUUCUCCUGCUGGUCAUCUGGAAAGCACUGACUCACCUGAGCGACCUCAGGGAGUACAAGCGCUUCGAGAAGGAGAAGCUCAAGUCUCAGUGGAACAAUGAAAACCCCCUUUUCAAGAGUGCCACCACGACGGUCAUGAACCCUAAGUUUGCUGAGAGUUAGGGGUGCUUGGCGAAGAUGAGGCCAUCUGAACCGACCAGAAGGAAGCACCCCCAAACUACAUGUCCUCCGUCAGGCAGACUGCGACCUCGCCCGUGCACACAGCUUCCGACGCCUGACCAUUUGAUCCAUUAACCAAAAAUCCAGUUUCUUCUGCCCUCAAAAUGACAGCUACAGCCAGGUGACUCCACGGACUCACCAGGAGAAGCAGCCCCCCCUGCCCCUGACGAGUGGGACCGUAGAUAGAGACGAAGGAGGGCUCACUGGGCCUGACGAGGUUAGAUGCAUGCCUUCCUGUGUAGAGAUGAGAUGCUCCUUUGUUCAGGGCGGUGAACCCAUGUUUGUUCCUGCACCCUAAUCACGGUAGACGCUCACACCCACUGAUUACACUGGUCCCCGGCCAUGCAUGUGGAAAGGUGAAUAAACUCUGUGGAGGCUGUCCAUGGAGGCCGGGCUCUGCAC